GCUGCGCGCCAGCUCUUCGCCCCGCGAGGCCUCGCCUCGUCCCGCUGCUUCUCCUCCCCACCCCCAACCCUGGCCGAGGCCCUCGGCAGCCUCGUGUGGAGGAGUCCGGAGUGCCGCGGGCGCUGCUGGGAUCCGCCAAGAGCCCUGUCCCGGCCUCGGACACUCCUGCCCCGGCUGAACACCUGCGGCGGCCUGGACCCGAACCAAGAGCCCUGGGCCGGCCGCGCCUCCCGGUGCCUCGCGGACACACCCCCUCCCGCUCGCCGCCUCAGCCCAGCCAGUCCUCAGUCCCUGUGUUCCCUCCCAGCCCAGCGUCCGGUUCUCGUCCCGACCUUGGCCCCUAGAGAACGAACCUCACGGGAGGGGGCACCUCUUGAUUGGAGAAGAGGGCGGGUUUGCAGACUUUUGGGGUGGGUGCACAUUCACCUUUUCAAGAUUCUAAUAAAAAUUUGAUUAAUCAGCCCUGGAGUUCCUUGUUCCGGCUGACGCGCUAUCUUUUAUCUCCCUCCCGAACUGUAUUUCCAAGGGCAUUUAAGUAGGGGGACACUCGGCAGCUUCUCUGGGCCCUUCCUUGGAGCUAGACCUGUUGGUCCUGGUUGGAUCAUGGCUACAGUCCUGGACUCUCAGGUCGACGUGGAAGUUGAGGAGUGCAUCAUAAUGCAAGUGGAAAAGGACUCGGCGUGGGCAUCAGAGCCCAUUCUGGCGAGAUCGGGCAGCACCGAAUGUGAGUCCUUUCGUAAAUGCUUCCGGCAGUUCUCCUACGAGGACGUGACGGGACCCCACGAAGCUUUCAGUAAACUCUGGGAACUCUGCUGCCGGUGGUUGAAGCCAGAAAUGCGGUCCAAGGAGCAGAUCCUCGAGCAGCUGGUAAUUGAACAGUUUCUCACCAUUCUCCCGGAGAAGAUUCAGGCUUGGGCACAGAAGCAGUGCCCAGAAAGUGGAGAGGAGGCCGUGGCCCUGGUAGCGCAUUUGGAGAAAGAGACCAGAAGACUGAGAAAGAAGGUCAGUGGCCCCCUACCCUCAGAGAAGCAAGCCCCACCUGGAACUGUGUGGGAAGUAGCUGACUUUGAGCCAGAGCAACUGGAGACCCAGCACAGGGUUGUUCCUCAGGAAGAAGCUGGAAGCCUCCACUCAGGAUACCAGGAACAGCUGAGCCAACAAAGAGAGUAUAGGCCUUUACCCAAAAAUGCUCACUCUUCUCUCUGGGUUCCUGUCCCUAGUGAUGAAUGGAACACUGUAGAUCAGGAGGUGACAACCCAGGAACCAGUGAAAGAUGUCCACACAAUGAGAAGCUUGUCCUACAGAAAGAGUGUACAUCAGAGUCCCACUCACAGGGAUCUCCACCACGAAAUCAGGAAGGAAAGUGCAGGGAGCAUGGUUUCCCUGGGAGGCACUGUGUCUACAUCUAACAAGAUAGCCCAGUUGGAACAGAGAAAGGAACCAUGGACUGUAGGUCUACAUUCCUCAAAUAAGAAGAAUAAUGUUCUGACAAGCAACUACAUCAAAGAGAAAUCAGUGCAUGCGGUUCAAGUCCCGGCAAGGAAUUCAGGGAAAGUGUGGCGAGAACAGCAACAAUGGGGUUUAGAAGAUGAAAAAAUUGCAGGUGUACACUGGAGCUAUGAGGAAACCAAGACUUUUCUUGCAAUUCUCAAGGAAUCUCGCUUUUAUGAAACACUCCAGGCUUGUCCCCGAAAUAGCCAGGUAUAUGGUGCUGUGGCUGAAUGGUUGCGAGAAUGUGGCUUCCUUCGAACACCAGAGCAGUGCCGGACCAAGUUCAAAAGUCUUCAGAAAAGUUAUCGAAAAGUGAGAAAUGGCCACAUGCUAGAACCCUGUGCCUUCUUUGAGGACAUGGAUGCCUUGUUAAACCCUACAGCCCAUACUUCAUCUACUGAUAAGACAAAGGCCGUGAUCUCUCUCCCCAGACUAAAGAGCAUUGGCAUUGGUGCUAAAGAACAGGUCAGUUUGGUGGAGGAGGAGGAAGAAGGUGCUGAAGACUCUGAUGGUGAUGAAGUGGGCAUUGAGUUUAUACGCAAGUCUGAAAUUCGUUCUGCCCCUGUCUUGUUUCAAAACCUAAGUGGUGUGCACUGGGGCUAUGAAGAAACUAAAACUUUUCUUGAUAUCCUUCGUGAGACUCGGUUUUAUGAAGCACUUCAAGCCUGUCACCGGAAGAGCAAAUUAUAUGGAGUUGUGGCUGAACAGCUUCGAGAGUGUGGCUUUCUCCGGACACCAGAACAAUGCCGGACCAAGUUCAAAAGCCUUCAAAAGAGUUACCGAAAAGUAAAGAAUGGCCAUGUACUGGAGUCCUGUGCAUUUUACAAGGAGAUGGAUGCCCUCGUUAACUGCCGAACAUCUGCCCUUUCCACCAACACCUCAGAAGAAAUCCCACCACUCUCAAGGCAAGAAAGAGGACACAUUGAGGUUGAACCCCAGGAUCCUACAAUCUGGGAACCUGAAGAGACCUCCCAGGAAGCAGUGUUAGAAGAUUCUAGUAGUGAGAGAAUGAGUGAGGAGGAAAUUAUAGAAGAGCCAGAGUUCCAAGAACCUACAGACUUACCUCAAAGCCUAACAGAUUUUGAAACUGGAAGUAGUAUUAAGGAGGAUCCAACACAGGUAAUAUUUAAGAACAAAGAUCCCCACGGAGCAUUAAUAGAAAAGUCUAAAAGAUUUGUUUUAAAUACCAACCCCAGUAGAUACUGUAAAAGGGAAUACAUCUCAGGAAGACAAUGGGAAAACCUUCAAGGAAUUAGACAGGGAAAACUGAUGUCUCAACCUAGAGAUAUAGGGAAGGCUACUGUGCAUCAGAGGCCUUUUGUGGGAAGGAGACCAUACAGACUUCUCAAAUAUGGAGAAAAUUUUGGAAGGAGUGCUCGUCUUCUGUGCAGGAUGACCCACCAGAAGGAAAACCCUCAUAAGUGUGGUGUCUGUGGGAAGUGCUUUGGUAGAAGCAGGAGCCUAAUCAGACACCAAAGAAUCCACACGGGGGAAAGGCCUUUCAAAUGUCUUGACUGUGGGAAAAGCUUUAAUGACUCCUCAAAUUUUGGAGCCCACCAGAGAAUCCACACUGGAGAGAAGCCGUACAGAUGCGGGGAGUGUGGGAAAAGCUUCAGUCAGAGCUCGAGUCUUAUCAUCCAUCAGAGAACGCACACUGGAGAGAAGCCCUAUCAGUGUGGAGAGUGUGGGAAGAGCUUCACCAACAGUUCUCACUUCAGUGCCCACCGCAGAGUCCAUGCUGGAGAGAAUCCCUACAAAUGUGGGGAUUGUGAGAAGAGCUUCAAUAACUGCACAAGAUUCCGAGAACACCGGAGAAUCCAUGCUGGAGAGAAGCCUUACACAUGUGCCCAGUGUGGCAAACAUUUCAGUAAAGGCUCUUUCCUCACCAAACACCGGGAAGUCCACAUGAGAGAAAGACUACUGCCAUACUCUCCCUCUGGGUGCUCACCAGAGAGCCUGCUCAGGGGGAAGAGUGAUGAAUUCAGGAAGACCUUUUUCCACACGCCCCAUUAGCCAUCUUACCCUACUCCUCCCACUCUUUAAAGCAGUCUUUACUUAGCUAUAAAUUGCAGUUCCCAAGACAGGCCUGAGAAUAUAAGUAAGCUAAAUUAUUUCAUCUACCCUCACCUCAUGUUCUAACAUGCUCAGAUUGCCUCUCUCCUAUGAGUCUUGACUUUCAGUAAGGUGAGAGAAUAAGUUUUGGUUUUUUGUUUUUUGUUUUUUUUUUUUUGAGUUGAGAAUAAAAUUCCCAUAAGAAUGUUGAGGCUAAUGCUAUUGUCCAGCAACUUUCAAAACUCUUGCACGUGGGUGAGAGUUCUUUUCAAAUAUAUGAAUGGUGAAACA